UCUGGGUUCGUUUCGGCUACCACAAACUACUAAUUAUAAUAUUAGAAAUUUAAUAUACUUACUUGUCUGUUUCAGAUUGCCAUGAAAAUGUCUGGCAAAACAGGCAAGACGUCAAAAAUAGCUGCUGGAGUGCUUUUUACUGUGAACCUUGUUGUCAUGGUAUUGUGCACGCUGCUUUUUUCAUUUGCGCUCUGGAUGAUAUCAUCGCCCAGGACUCUCUCUAAUGCUAUUCAGGGAUUUGGGACGCCAUCAAUGAGGGCAUGCCGAUGCAUUCGCGACAUCGUGCUCGCGCCUGUCGUGCGUGCCGACGCAUCCCCAAAGUUGCCGAAGCAUCCCCAACGCUGCUUAAGCAUCUCCAAGGCUUCCGAAGCAUCCUCAAGGCUGUCUAGAACCCAGCCUCCAGAUAUAAGCAAACUGCCAUGGUCAUGUUGUGGUACAAAUGGAUAUCCAAGCAAUUGCACGAUUUCGAAAAUAUAUCCUAAGAAUUGCAACCAAACAAUACCCCACUGGUUAAGCCGCUACCAAACGGCUACAUAUGCCUCCCUUGCAGUGUUACACAUUCUAAUGUCAUCUUGUGCACUUGUACGACGUACUCGCAGAUCAUCUCUGAAACACAGCUAGCGACUACCGCGCCGCGACGGCGGUGCGGCAUCAUCAUCAUCAACAACGCCUCGCAAGAUACCCCGCCAGUACAUACGGCGUGUAACGCCUGCGUCGGAGAACGAAGACGUGCUUAUGGUGGUGCUUGGCAGAGGACGAAUUGGGUGGAUGAAGGAACCGUAGUGUAAUGAUGUAAAAAAAUCAGAUGUCAAAGCUGUUAAUUUAUUUAUCUUAAAUUACACAGAGCACAAAUUCAAUAACAUACAAAUAGUUAGUUGCGAAUUCUUGUUCUCAUUGCCUUGUGCCCGAAAUGGUAAAAAUAUAAAUGCUUAUAUGGCUUUGGUUAAUACCGCAUAACAGCGAAAGUGUUGAAACAAUCACUUUGGGAAAAAAUAUUUAGUAAAAUUGAGAAUAUACACUGAUUA